GAGAGAGAGACAGUAUAAGAGAGGGUGUUGUGUACACAUGACAUACAUGCACAUGGUAGUUGUAGAGAGAAAAGGAGAGGAAGAAGGAAAGAGAGAGAGAGAGAUGCAUCUAUUGUAGAAGAGAGCAGCACUGUGGGUUCUCUAAAGCCAUAGAUACCCUUUUCUCUCUUUCUCUUUAGCCAGUUUUGAAACUUGAUGUGGUUAAAAGUAAAACCAUUUUUUAUUGCUCACUCCGUGGUUUAAAUAUUCUGUCUUUAAUGUCAAUCUCACUUUUGAAGAAGACCCAUUAUCAUCUUCAACUUCUCUUCCCUUAUUUCAAUCAAAUUUCUCUGCUUUGCUCCUCUUUGCAUUUUGAUCCCAAGUUGCAUUGUUGAGAUUUUUUCACAAUUGUAGGUUCCCAUGAACUUGGUAUAUGACAUGGUUUUUUCCUUUCCGAUGAACCAUGAAUGUUGAAUGGAGAUGGUGGGUAACAAGCCUUUUUGAAGAUUUUAUUCAGUAUGUGAUUAGUAAGAUUUAUAAUUCUCUAGGAAAUAGGGCAAGAGAGUGAUGAAAAAGUGUAGAUAGGGAAUUUAAAAUAAAGGUUCUUGAGAAAAACAGUUUAUGUAUCUUUUAAAUUUUAAUGGAUGGUUGCAUUUGGCUUGAGAGCAUUUGCGUGGAAAAGUUUGGAGAAUCUAGAAGUUUGGUGAGGCUCUAGUGAUGACCAGUUCAGCAAUUGAUGAUUUUCGGGAUGAUGGCUUUGAGGGGUCACAUCAAGAGCGCUGUAUUUUUGCAGAUAUUUUCUUUGGCAAAGAUACUGGUGGGACAGGUAAGAGGAGUAUUGGUGCUGGAGUUAUUAAUUUAAAGAGCCAGGACUGCAAGAUUGCAGAUCCUUCACUGCAUACUAACAAUGAAUACUCAGCUGUCACUACUCUUUCUUCUCCUAUAAGUUUGUCAAUCGAGGAUUCUGAUGUGAAUGAGAAUUCUAUAGGGGCUACUGCUUCAGGCUGUUUUACAGAAAGAUUUACCUUUGUGGAGGGCACUAGCCAGAAUAAGACUGUCAAGCGAAUGAAGUUUGCAGUUGAUGAACCUUUGGACACUGAACCUGAUACAUUGAAAGUUCUGACUUCGUCCUUACUGCCUAAAGAGAUUGUUAGUGGUACAGCUGCUGCAGAUAUGGAUUCACUGAGCCAAACAGUACUAUUACAUUUAGUUGAAUCAUCCUCACAGGGUGUUGUAUCCACCAGCUAUCUGUUAAAGCAACAUGCAAAAAUAGACAGAAAAGGUGAUGCACGUGAGCCAGAUGUUCUGAAGUGCAGUUUGCCAAACUCAGAUGGUGUUGCUGGCAAAGUUACUGCUUCACCUGUUUCCCAAGAGAGCUAUGCAACAAGGAUAUUGCUUGCAAGACCUGUAGAUGUUGUUGGGAAACCUGGAUCCCCUUUAAAUGCAGAGGAAAGAGCGAAGGCAUUCAAUUCGCCAGGAUUGGAUGUCUCCAUUAUCUCGAAGACAGAUUCUAAGAUGGAUCCUCGUCCUUUCCUCCAAAGUCAUAUCACCCGCUUACUUUCAGCUUUGGGUUGGUGUAUUGGAAAGCGCAAGAGACCCAGUCGAAAAUAUAUGGAGUCUAUUUAUCAAUCACCUGAGGGGAGAUUAAUUCGUGAUUUCCCUAAAGUGUGGAGGCUGUGUGGUCAAAUUUUGUUUGCAAACGGAUACAAGGUGGUGCAGGAAGGCAAUGGUAAGGAAUGGGCUGAUAUAAGUCACUUUUGGUCUGAUCUCUCAGAUACAUUGACUGCUAUUGAGAAAGACAUGGAUAAAUCAGAUCUUGCCAAAGACUUGGCACAUCGGUGGAGUAUUUUAGAUCCCUUUGUUAAUGUUGUGUUCAUUGAUCGGAAGGUUGGUGUACUGAGAAAGGGAUGUAUGGUUAAAGCUGCACAAAGCUUAGUAAAUGAUAGAAAUGUGAAACGUGAAAAUGGCAUUGGAAAGGAGUCUGCUCAGAAAAAUUUGUUGGCUUGGCAUAGUGAUUCUUGUCCGGUCACUAAAAGUGCAUCAACAAUAUGUGAAGGAAGCUGCCAUGACUGUGAUGUACAAUCUGGCAACAGGAUUUUCUCAGAAUGCAGACAUGAAUCAAUGGUGAAAGGUCAGAUAGAUGUAUCUAUACAUAUGAAUGACAGAGAAGGCAUGUGUUCUGAUGGGAUGGGAAAUCAAUCUUGCAGCAUGUGUAAGGACAGGAUAGGCAGUGUGGAUAUGACUGACUGGCUAAUUUGUGGGACAGAUUGCACUUCUGCCCAGUUGUGUAGUUGCCAAUGUAAUGAUUUUCCUGUUACUGCUGGGAACAUUAUAGUGCAUGGGGCGUCAGAAUCUGUUUCCCCUCAUCAAGACAGCAAUUUAGUUGAUCCAGAUGAUGGCACUGGUCAUAUGGACUCCAUCCACCAUGAUGAGCCAACUUCUGCCCAAGUUGUGACUUCAGGAGUUUUAGGAUUCAGUGAAGAGGAGGGUUUACAGUGCAUUCAAGCUUCGAGGUUCAAAACAAGGGAUAAAGCAGCUAUGAAAAAGAUACGUAGAAAGUCCAGAAAAAUAUCAGAAAUCAGAUCAACUACAUUAAGCCAAAGUGAAAAUAUUGAUGUGCUUCGCAAUCCAUUAGAGUCAAACAAAGUUGAAGAGAAGCUUAUCAAAAGAACUAAAAAGAUCUGCAUGAAGUCCUCCCCUUUGGAUAAUUGCCUACAUCAGGUGGUGAAAAAUGGUACAAAAUUAAAGAGUACGCAUGAUAAUAGUUAUGGUCCCAAAUACAAACAAAAGAAAACAACUGGCUGCCAAAUUGAUGAUGACGAUUUGCUGAUUGCAGCCAUUAUCAAGAACAAAGAUUUUAGCCCAGGUGGCACCAGAUCUAUUUCUAAAAAGAAAUCCUGCAUAUUAAGAGCUGGCUCAAAGCGCAAACAGAAAAAGGGCGGCUGCAGGCUACUCCCAAGAAAUCUGGGCAAACUGGGAAAGCAUUAUGUGGGUGGUAAGUGGUCAAGAAUGGGAUCUAGGACGGUUUUGUCAUGGUUGAUAGAUGCUGGGGUCUUGUCUGUAAAAGAUGUAGUCCAGUACCGGAAUCUAAAAGACGAUUUUGUGAUUAAAGAUGGUGUGGUUACCAAGGAUGGCAUCAUGUGUAAGUGCUGCAAUAUGGUGCUUUCGGUUACCAAGUUUAAGAGUCAUGCUGGGUUCAAGCUUAACCGACCAUGUUCAAACCUUUUCAUGGAAUCUGGAAAGCCCUUUACUUUAUGUCAGCUGCAAGCAUGGUCUGCUGAAUACAAGAGCAGGAAAAGUGGUACCCAAGUGGUUCGUGCAGAUGAAGAUGAUAAGAAUGAUGAUUCAUGUGGGCUGUGCGGUGAUGGUGGGGAGUUGAUAUGCUGUGAUAAUUGCCCCUCUACUUUUCAUCAAGCUUGCUUGUGUACAGAGGAUCUUCCUGAAGGCAGUUGGUAUUGCCCGAAUUGCACCUGUUGGAUUUGUGGGGAUCUGGUCAAUGAUAAAGAGGCUUCGAGUUCUGUUGGUGCUUAUAAAUGUUUGCAGUGUGAGCACAAAUAUCAUUGGGCAUGCCAAGAAGGAAAACAAACACACGAAGGACUGGUUUCUGAUGCUUGGUUUUGUAGUGGAAGAUGUCAAGAGGUGUACUGUGGUCUUCAUUCUCGUGUUGGGAUCAAUAACCCAAUAGCUGAUGGCUUUUGUUGGACUCUUCUCAGAUGCAUUCAUGAAGAUCAAAAGGUUCUUUCUGCUCAAAGACUUGCCCUCAAGGCAGAAUGCAACUCAAAAUUAGCUGUUGCUCUUACCAUUAUGGAGGAAUGCUUUCAAUCUAUGGUAGACCCAAGAACAGGCAUAGACAUGAUACCCCAUGCUUUAUACAAUUGGGGGUCAGAUUUUGCUCGUCUAAAUUUCUUUGGGUUUUACACUAUGGUGUUGGAGAAAGAUGAUGUGCUUGUAGCUGCAGCAUCUGUCAGGGUGCAUGGAGUAACAGUUGCAGAGAUGCCCCUCAUUGCAACUUGCAGUAACUACCGCCGGCAGGGGAUGUGUCGACACCUUAUGACUGCUAUUGAAGAGAUGCUAAUUUCCUUCAAGGUGGAAAAGCUUGUUAUAUCCGCCAUCCCAGAUUUAGUUGAGACAUGGACUAAGGGUUUUGGCUUCAUACCGGUGAGUAAAGAUGAAAAGCAAAGUCUGAACAAGAUAAACUUCAUGGUGUUCCCUGGAACAAUAUUGUUGAAAAAACAGUUGUACAAAACAAAAGAAGCAGAUACACAAUCAGACUUGGGUGAUGCAGCACCUUUAACUGAAGUAGAUAUUUUCCCCAUGGAGGAUCAUGUCACCGAGUUGGUGCAGCAAUCCAAUGAGAACCGGUACCUUGAUGAAGUUGGUAUCUCAGCAGAGCUCAAACAUGGUGAAAGCCAGAAUUUGCAAGAAUCUGAACCUAGCAGUGAAAGGCAAGGUAACUACCUUGAUGAAGUUGGUAUCUCAGCAGAGCUCAAACAUGUUGAAAGCCAGAAAUUGCAAGAAUCUGAACCAAGCUGUGAAAGGGAAACUCAUGAUGGUGCUGAAGGACUAGGACGAGCACCACCCAUGGUAACUAACCUUUCGCCUGAAGUAGGGCUCUGUUCUGAUGGAAUGCCCUUUGUCGAGUCUGACAGAAAAUUUUCCCCUAACAAACAUGCUGCUAAAAAGGAAGACAAGAAGACGGAAACCCAAGGUAGUGAUUUGCAGGAACAACUAUCAAAGGCCCUAGGACGAGGCCCAGGUGAAGUGGCCUGCAAUGUUCAAUGUAUUAGUUAUGUUCCUUCUCCGGACACACCAUCACAGCAAAUCUGUGAGUUAAAUGAGAAAUAGAAACAAAAUUGUAAACUAUUUCUUCUCUCGUUGUUGCUCAUCACCUCACACC